CUCUUGCUCUCUCUCUCUCUCCCUCUCUCUCUCUCUCUCAUCCCACCCCUAAACCAAAUACAGGGAUAGUUGUCUCAUUAUUAGUGACUUAAAUGAUGCUUUUGAGCGAGAAGAUGCUGGGUACUUUUGGUGCCUAGCACCAUCCCACUUUUUUCUUUUAAAUUCCUGAGCUGUUGUUUACUAGGACGUUCUUUUAUUCCUGUUUCUACUAAAGCUGAAUGUUACUUGGGUGGAAAGCCUAAUUGCUUUCUUUUAUAGGUCCUUAAACCCUUUGUUAAUGUUUCUGUCUGAGAGUUCCCAAAGCCAGGGUUCUAGGAGAGUUUGGCAUGUCUGAACAACUGAACCACGAAAUAAUGGAGUAGGUCCGGCGGGGUGUGGGAGCAGGGCAUUCUGUCAAUAAAAGAGCUCCCUUCUCUGCACACAUGGCCAGUUAAUUGGCCAUUCUGGGGAAGUAUGGAUGGGGAGGGGGGCUUCUGAGAAUCGCCGGUGACAGCUUUGCCAAGCCAGAUCACCCACGUUGUCUCAUCUAAUAUGCCCCCCAACCCCUGUGAGGCCGGGCCUGCCGGCCUUUAGGUGCUGUCCUGUCCUGAGGCUUCGGCCAUGCCUGCGCACGAAGAAAGGCCUUGAAGCUCGCCUGAAGGAAGAAGCAUGCAGGGGGCCCCUGGAGGAGGCGUGGGCCCCGGGCUGUCCCCUGUGGACAGGUGGACGCUCCUGGUCUUCAGCUUUAUUCUGGCAGCGGCUUUGGGCCAAAUGAAUUUCACAGGAGACCAGGUUCUUCGAGUCCUGGCUAAAAAUGAGAAGCAGCUUUCACUUCUCAGGGAUCUGGAGGGCCUGAAGCCCCAGAAGGUGGACUUCUGGCGUGGCCCAGCCAGGCCCAGCCUCCCGGUGGAUAUGAGAGUUCCUUUCUCUGAACUGAAAGACGUCAAGGCUUACCUGGGCUCUCACGGCCUUGCUUACAGCGUCAUGAUAAAGGACAUCCAGGUGCUGCUGGAUGAGGAGAGAGAAGCCAUGGCCAAAUCCCGCCGGUUGGAGCGUAGCACCAGCAGCUUUAGUUAUGCCUCUUACCACACCCUGGAGGAGAUAUAUAGCUGGAUCGACAACUUUGUGGCCGAGCACUCAGAUAUAGUCUCAAAAAUUCGGAUUGGCCACAGCUUUGAAAAUCGGUCCAUUGUUGUCCUGAAGUUUAGCACUGGAGGACCUCAGCGCCGGGCCAUCUGGAUAGACACUGGAAUCCACUCCCGGGAGUGGAUCACCCAUGCCACUGGCAUCUGGACCGCCAAGAAGAUUGUCACUGAAUAUGGCAAAGACCGCACGCUGACGGACCUACUGAACGCCAUGGACAUCUUCAUGGAGAUCGUCACCAACCCUGAUGGGUUUGCGUUUACCCACAGCAUGAACCGCCUGUGGCGGAAGAACAAGUCCACCAGACCUGGAAUCUUCUGCAUCGGUGUGGAUCUUAACAGGAACUGGAAGUCAGGUUUUGGAGGAAAUGGUUCUAAUAGCAACCCCUGCUCUGAGACUUAUCAUGGGCCCUCCCCUCAGUCGGAGCCAGAGGUGGCUGCCAUCGUGGACUUCAUCACAUCCCAUGGGAACAUCAAGGCUCUGAUCUCCAUUCACAGCUACUCUCAGAUGCUCAUGUACCCUUACGGCCACUCACCGGAGCCUGUUCCAAACCAGAAGGAGUUGUACGAUCUUGCCAAGGACGCAGCGCAGGCCCUGUAUGAGGUCCACGGGAUCCAGUACAUUUAUGGCAGCAUCAGCACCACCCUCUAUGUGGCCAGCGGGAUCACUGUCGACUGGGCCUAUGACAAUGGCAUCAAGUUCUCCUUCACCUUCGAGCUCCGGGACACGGGGCGCUAUGGCUUCCUGCUGCCGGCCUCCCAGAUCAUCCCCACGGCCCAGGAGACGUGGCUGGCGCUUCGGACCAUCAUGGAGCACACCUUGAAUCACCCCUAUUAGCAACACCACCGAGGGCAGAGCGGGAAGGUUCAUUCCCUUCCCCGAGGACCGGGGCUCCUCCUGAAACCCAAGUGAUGCCUCCUGUUCCCCACACCCCAACCCUGACCCCUUAGGAGAUAAAUACAAGUUUGAACAGGCUUGAUGGCCUCUGGGGCUGGCCACCAACCCCUUUGGGCUCGCAUUGAGGAGGGGAGAGGGGCACUUGAAACGCCUCUUCAGUCCCCAGGUACUCAGGAGGGUUGAGGGGCCAGCCGACCUUACACUUGCUCCUCCUGCAAAUGUGGGUCCUCCAGGCCCACGGCAGACAAUGCACCUGCUGGGGGCUGCUAGUAGGCACAUUGUCCCCUUGGUGUUUACAUCCUAAGAUGAUCCUGGAGGGGACAAUGUUUGAUCAAAAGCAGUGGCUCUCCGGUGCCGACAUUUCCGGCACCUUGAGGGAGAGAUGGGGACAGGCAGGCAGCUUCCUCCUCUUCCUGCUUCAUUUCCUAUGUUGGUAGGGGUCAGGGGUUCAUUUCAGACUCCCCCUCUUUGAAGAUCCCAUUCACCCUCUAAAGGAGAGUGAACAAGUCACUGGUUUGUGACCUGCGCCUCCUGGGCACCCUCGCAGUCUCCGCUGGUCCUGGACAGAGUCACGGCCAGUCAGGGCCAGCACGGCGAAGCCCCACACAUCCAGGGAGAGGAAAUCCUCUUCCCCACCCCUCUUUGCCACAGUCACCAUGGUUGUCCUGCGCUGAGCGGUUAGUCCCGGCCCGGCAUUUACUAAGUAAGCACUUUAUUUAAGGGAGAGAAGGGAGAAUAUUUUGAGAUAGAAGAAACAAGAUGCACCCCCUCCCAAUCCUGAGGCUUCUUUAUUUUUU